AUGAACAACUCGGUUGUACGAGACCCUCCACGACAAUUACAGGAAGCCCUGGAGGAGACAGAUCACUUGAGCCCUCUGGGAGGACAUCAGAGUGAACCAAAGGGGGAUGGGCUGCCUCUGCUUGCCAUUAUUGUGACUCUUUUUGUCUUAGUGGCUAUCUUCAUCAUCAUGGUUGUCCACUUUGGCCCUGAGCUUCGAAAGGUUCAAGUUACUCUCCCUCGGGAGCCCCCAUCCAUGAAGCAAGAAGGUGGUGUCCGUCUCAUUCACUGGCAGGCCCUGGGCUCUCAACUUGGAAUCGGGCCCCAAGAAAGCUACAGGGAAACCCAGCCUGGACUUGCUGCUACCAGCCUCUGUACCCAUUCCAACAUUAGAGAGCUUACAUAUCUAUAA